AUGUCUCGACGCGUCGAACUGCGUCGAACGGCGCGGGAGAAGCGGGCGUACGAUGACUUCGCCACGCUCUACGCCCUCGCGCGCGCGUUGGAGCGGCUCGAGCGGGCGUACGUGUCGUCGUCGGUGAGCGCGAAUGCGUACGAGCGCGCGUGCGUGGACCUGAUGCAAAAGUUUAAGACGCUGCGGAGCGUGUUGAGCGAUGCGGUGCCGGAUUUGGAUCGGUUUUUCGAGACGUACGGGGCGCACGUGCCGAGCGCGCGGAAGAGAUUGGCGAGCGGGGUGCCGGCGACGGCGGAACAUCGCGGGAGCACGGCGCGAGGCACGGAUGCGGAGCAGAGGGCGGAGGCCAGGGCGGUCGCGGACGCCACGCACUGUUUCAUCGGCGUCAUGGACACGGUGAAGUUGGACAUGCGAGCGAAGGAUCAGGUGGGGCCGCUGUUGGGGGAUCUAUUGCUCGCGCUGUGUCGAGUGAGUCGGUUGCCGAGCGACUUUGAGGGAACGAAGAGCGUGCGGAGAUGGUUGAGCAGGAUGGACGAGAUGCGAGCGAGCGAGGCGAUGGACGAGGAAGAGGCGAGGGACUUCUUGUACGAGAUCGAGACGGCGUACUCCAAGUUCUUGGCGGCGUUGGCGUGA